CGCUAAUGUGUAAAGCUCACAAAGUGCAUACAGUUAGCUAUCGAUGCUCUUUUGUACUUUAUCUUCGUAAAAGAUAUCACUGAGUCGUCCGCUUCAGUUCGUUUGAAGUCGCAAGAAACACAUCGCAUCCACGAUGCUGCGAAUCGCGAGCGUAAUAUGCGUUUUGUGCGUUUUAUUGAGCGAUGCACGCAAAUACAACCCGCAAAUAAAGCGUGAAUGGGAAGAAUUCCAACAGUUUCUCGAUUGGAAAAGAACAGUGAACAACGACAUCGAAUCUCUGGUACAGAGAAUCGGAUUCGACGAAGAGAAGAGCAUUCAACUGAACAAUGCCGAAGCUCUAAAGGAUCCAUUAUUCGUGCCUAAUCAAGACGCUUUGUUGGCCCGGAACGUCGUUAAUCAGGCUGAUUGGGCAGCCGUAGCGACGAUCAGCACGCGGAGGGACAUCGAAACGUUUCCUGUUGCAAAUUUAGUGUCCAUCGGCGAUGGACCUGUUGGAAACGGAACUGGAAUACCAUACAUGUAUCUCACUCCUCUUGAUUUCACCGCUCAAGAUGUUGCUAAGGAUCAUCGCGCGACUCUUUUAGUAUCACUAGCCCAAGGAAGCUAUUGUAAAGAUAAAGAAUUGGACCCUAUGGAUCCGCGAUGUGCUAGAGUUAUGCUAAGUGGAAAGAUUAAAGCAGUAAAGAAUACGACUGCGGAACAUGAAGUUGCAAAAAAAUUAUUUUUCAAUCGUCAUCCAAAAUUGGAAAAUAUGCCUAAAGAUCAUGACUUCUUUAUCGCCAAGUUAAAAAUUGUAUCAAUCGCUUUGCUGCAUACCUUUGGUGGACCAAAAUACAUUAGUGUACAUGAUUACUUCAAUCCGACGCAAGAAAAAGGAAUUAUCAGCGAAAGAAUACAACACAUCUUAAAAUAAUGGCAAA